AUAUCUGUCCAACAGGAGAGGAGAGGGAUACGAUGAUUCCUUGGCGCGAACGCUCUCCGUUAUCGAUCGACGGUCCGGAAUCCUGCCGUUUUUAAGAAGAGAAAAAUCGAAAGGGGAACCGCGAUUCGAGGAUGAUCUUCGCAAUUUCCAUUCCGCGGUUAUUACGUAAUCCUUCAACAUCGAGGAAUCCCAUGCUCGAAGCCGCAUUUUGAGCGACAGGAAUUUAUAGCGACUGAUAGCAUUAUCGAGCCGCGACGAUAGACGAUAGCAAGUUCUCUGAAUUAACCGCCAAGUUCCCAAGCAACCAAGUCGAACAAUGGCGAGUCAAGCGACCAAGAAGGAACUCCUGGAGGAGGCCCUUCACUACCAUCCGGACGGUGGCGAGGAGGAAGUGGACAGGGUGNAGGAAUUCAGCAGGCUGAUGGCGAAUCGUCGAAACAGGCCGCACAGGCCUUCGCAAGCUUUUUACCCGUGCCCUCCGCCGAACGCGGACGAGGAGCAACAGGAUUUCGAUCCCUUCGAUUACAUUAACACUAUCAUGUAUGGUCGCUACACGAAGGAUCUGGGUGAAUACGCAAAAGAAGAGGCACGGAAGCUCAAGUACGAGAAAACACGGCGGAAAUACGACAGCAGGGAGGAGGAUCUGCGGAAGUCGAGAAGAGGACCCCUUUGCAGGAAGUUGAUCGCGUUAUUGGCUUUCGCGUGGAAGCACACGGGAGCUAGGUUAGGGGAGGAUUGGGUGUUCUUGGCCCUCCUUGGAAUAAUUAUGGCGCUCAUCAGUUAUGCCAUGGACCGUGGCAUUUCUAUGUGUAACAACGCCAGGAUAUGGCUUUAUCAGGAUCUGACGCACCAUCCGGCGCUUCAAUAUCUCGCCUGGGUGUCCUUGCCGGUUUGCCUGAUCCUCUUCAGCGCCGGCUUCGUGCACAUCGUUGCACCGCAGAGCAUAGGAUCCGGCAUUCCGGAGAUGAAAACGAUCCUACGUGGGGUGGCCUUGAAGGAGUAUCUCACCUUUCGUACGCUCGUAGCGAAGGUGAUAGGUCUGACCGCGACCCUGGGCUCCGGUCUGCCGCUGGGCAAGGAAGGUCCAUUCGUGCACAUCGCGAGCAUAGUGGCCACCCUUUUGUCCAAAUUGGUGACGAGUUUCCAAGGGAUCUACGAGAACGAGAGCAGGAACUGCGAGAUGCUCGCCGCGGCGUGCGCCGUAGGGGUGGCAGCCUGUUUCGCGGCCCCUAUCGGCGGCGUCCUGUUCAGCAUCGAGGUAACCACGGUGUAUUUCGCGGUGAGAAAUUAUUGGAGGGGGUUCUUCGCGGCUGUUUGCGGAGCAACCAUGUUCCGUCUGCUCGCUAUCUGGUUCCAACGAGAGGAAACGAUCACGGCGAUGUUCGCAACCAAUUUCACCAUGGACUUCCCCUUCGACCCCCAAGAGUUGUUCGUGUUCGCGUUGAUCGGGGUCGGAAGCGGUAUAGGGGGCGCUUUCUACGUCUGGCUGCACAGGCAAUACGUGAUCUUCAUGAGGAAGAACAAAAGUAUGAAUAGCUUUCUGCAGAAAAAUCGCUACUUGUACCCUGGAAUCGUCUCCUUGCUCGUCUCGUCCGUUUCAUUCCCCCUGGGACUAGGCCAGUUCAUGGCCGGUGAUUUGAAUACUCACGAUCAAGUGUACGGUUUGUUCACCAACUUCACUUGGACCAAGCAAGAGUUGGGGGUCGAAGAAAUGAACAUAGUGAAGCAUUGGUCCACCGUGUAUACCGACGUGUUCAUCGGUUUGAUCGGUUUCGUUGCGUUCACGUUCAUCUUCUCGAUCAUAAGCUCCACUGUUCCCGUUCCAUCGGGAAUUUUCAUCCCCGUGUUCAAGAUUGGCGCCGCUCUGGGCAGAGCAAUGGGCGAGGCCAUGGCUCUGUGGUUUCCCAACGGCGUUCGUUACGGCGGUAUCAUAACGCCUAUCGUACCAGGAGGCUACGCUACAGUUGGGGCAGCUGCAUUUUCCGGUGCUGUGACCCAUACGAUAUCCGUGAGCGUUAUCGUGUUCGAGAUGACCGGUCAGAUCACUCACAUCGUCCCAAUCAUGAUCGCCGUGUUGAUCAGCAACGCCAUUGCCGCCCUUCUUCAGCCCAGCAUAUACGACAGUAUCAUUUUGAUCAAGAAGCUGCCCUAUCUUCCAGACCUGUUGCCAUCCAGUUCAGGAAUGUACAACGUGUACGUGGAAGAUUUUAUGGUUCGUGACGUAAAGUAUAUCUGGCAUGGAAUCUCGUAUCAGAGGUUGAAAGAAAUUUUAAAGGAAAACCGCAAGCUUCGCGGUUUUCCCCUGGUCGACAAUCCCGACUCGAUGAUCCUGCUUGGAUCUAUCCAGAGAUUGGAGUUAAUCAAGCUGAUCGAGAAGCACAUAGGCCGCGAAAGGAGGUUGCAGGUGGCACAAAAGUGGCACAAGGAGGCCGAGGAGAGGGCGCGGGAGGAAAUGGAACGACAAUUGAGGGAUCAGGAGAGGACGAGGCGACCGUCCAGGUUCGAAGUGAUCCCUGCUCCGGAUAUUCUUAAGAUGCAGAGGCAAAGUGCUAACGAUUUAACGAUGUCUCCAAACAACGGUGCCGCUUCUGAUCACCACACCUACCAUUCCCCUAUAUUUGGCUCGCAACCGAAGAAAUCGAUCUUGAAGAAGACCAAUUCCUUCACGUUGAAAGGAUUCAGCCCGUUGGUGAGCCCUGCUGCUACUCCUUACACCACUGUGACCGGUGCGGAGAGCAGGAUCCGUCUUGCCUUCGAGGCGAUCUUCCGCAAGUCAGCCACUUUGCAAGACGUGGAUCCAGAUCCAGAGAUAGGAGCCGGUGCUGGUGUCAGGCGUGACAGUCAAGAGGUACCGCCGCACACUCCGAUGCUGGCUCCAAGUCCUGCCACCUCGAAGAAAGUACAACUGCCUCGCGAGAGGGUGAUAGACAUGUCGGCAGAGGACCAGAAACGAUGGGAGGAAAGCGAAAUGUCGUUGGAGGUGGAUUUCUCGAGGUGUCACAUCGAUCCAGCACCCUUCCAGCUGGUCGAGCGAACAUCUUUGUUGAAGGUUCACAGUCUGUUCAGCAUGGUGGGGGUGAAUCACGCUUACGUGACGGCUAUCGGGAGGCUGGUCGGGGUUGUAGGAUUGAAAGAGCUGAGGAAAGCGAUAGAGGACGCCAACGCUGGAAUCUUGCCCAUGCAUUGUGAAUCCCACAUAGGCGUAUCCACGUCGAGCAUAGCCAAGAGCGAAACGGACACGGAAAGCAAGAAUGUCAGCACGAUGAACUCUAUUGCUUCCGUUGAUUGCGAGAAAGUCGAAAAAGUCUGAGUGAAAGUAAGAGAGAGAGAGAGAGAGAGAGAGAGAGA